CUUCAUCUGACCCGUGAACAUGAACGUAAGCAGCUAGAUGACGAGAUACGGGAAUACCUUCAUUACCUUUCAAUGUCAAGUCUUUGACAAAGUGUAAGCUGGUUUUACUAGAAAAGAAAUCCACUAUCUCUUAUUAAUAGUCAGCUUAGAGAUGGCAGUAAAUAUCAUUUUAAUCUUUGUGUUGUUUUGAUGUUCAUGAGCUCUGUAAAACCCCCGAGAUGAAUCCGGACUACUGGAAACUACUGUCAGCAUCUUGCUACUUUAAGGUGAAUAAGAAGGGAUCUGCUUACUGCAGCACAUUUAAAUGAGAGCACCUUCAUUUUAAUUCAGUUCAACGUCCUGCGGUGAUGAGAAGCAGAAGAAGUCAAAGUAGGCCAACCAAGUAUCAAAGUUUGUUAGUUUGCCAAAAUACCACCAAAGUAGGUCAGCAGCCUCUUUAAAAGUUCUCAGCGCUGCGGAAACAGAUCUGAGCUGAUGUCCUGAAAACAGCUUGAUGCUCUCUGGCUGGGGAUCUGCUCAUGGUUUAGAUUUUGAUGGUUCUGCCAGAAGGUCUCCUGUUCAGAAGGUCUCCUGUUCGCUGAAAGCUGAGGUUGGACCAUUUGGAUUUUCAGCUGCUGACUGCUGAAAAGGAGCCGAGAUGGGUCUCUCCUUCCCUCUUUGGACAUUCAUGAUUACACUUCUGAGUGGAUCUUCGCUGCCGGCUGGCUUCCCGGGCUUCAUUCGCCGCGGCUACCUGACAGUAGAACCAGCACCAGUGUUCCGCCUUGGCUCUGACCUCACAGUGUACUGCCAUGUCCUGAAGGAUAGAGACCAGGAGGGACUCACUAUCACCCUGGAGCUGAAUGGUGAGACUGUGUCUCCUUGGAAGAAGGUCAACUCCACCACGAUGAUGUUCAGACUUUUCAAUGUGCAGAUCCCUCGAUCCACAGUGCUGUGCAAGCUGAGGAACCAUCAGCUGUCUCUGGUCGUUGAUGGACUGGACCUACAUGGAGGACGCCCUCCAGAUAAACCUGGGAAUGUUCUCUGUGAGAUGACUGUGAGCUCUGAUGUGAUGAAGUGCUCAUGGGAGAGAGGAAAUACUACACACAUCCUCACGACCUACAACAGUUCCCUCUCCAGAGAAGACGGGACACAGCUGCUGGAACAGGUCCAGGAUGCUACAGAAGUCUUCAUACCCCGAGCAAAGAUACAUGAGAGCUCCACUCAGGAGCUGAUCAUCAAGGCCUUCAACCUCUUUGGAGAGUCGUGGUCCGACCCGUUGGUCUUCUGUGUGAAGGACAUACUGAUACCAGAAGCCCCUCUCAUCACGCAGCUGGAGUUUGGGAAUCACUCCAUCACCGCCCUGUUGCAUUGGAAGGCCUCCGGAUCAUCAGAGAACGUGAGAGCCGAUGUGCGGCUCCGCUCGGAUGAAGGCUUUUGGGAAGUGGGAGAGGGAACAGAGGUCAGCGAGGGUCUGAUUCAGGUGGGCGGACUGAGGCCUCUGACUCAUUAUGACUUCCAGAUGAGAGUAUGUGACUUCCCAUCAGGCCGCACGCAGAGAGCAAGCUCCAGCAGAAGGUUGUCCUGCAGCAGAUGGAGCCCGUCUGAAGGGGGAAAGAGUCCUGGAAAAGGUCCGUCUCAGCAGAUCCAGGUGUGGAGGACCUUCGGGCCCGGAGCGCCCGACGAGCUCACGGUUCUGUGGAAGCCUCCUUCUCCAGAGGACCACAGCGGCGCGGUGCAGAGCUACCUCAUCCUCCUGGGUCAGGAGCAACAAGCCAUGUGUGAUGCUGCUUCGAGCCAGUGGUCCCUUCGGGUGCCAGUGGAGCUCCAGGAGCUCAGCGUCAGCGCCGUGACCUCAUACGGGACGUCCCCUCUGGCCCAGGUGCCCCUCAGACUCUCAGGUGAGCGUGGACCUGUUCUAAGGGAGUUGACUCCAGCAGCUGACGGCACCUCUGUGUCGGUCACCUGGUCGAUGCCGCACAACCCAAACCCGCCAAGGUCUGGAGGAGAAACACUGCACUACGUGAUGGAGUGGACCGGCGUAGGUGUGCAGCGGAAGGAGCUGCAGUGGAAACAGGUGUCCAGAGAUCAAAACAGCACCUCCAUCACAGGUGUGGCUGCAGGUGUGAGGUACAACGUCUCGCUGUACGCUGUGAGCAGCAGAGGCGUCAGUGCUCUGUCCUCCGAGCUGCUCUACUCCAAAGAACAGGAACCAGCGUACGGUCCCAGCAUCUUGGUCCUGGUCCACAAGGCCAGACGGAUCCUGAUCCAGUGGGAGGAGCCGCCUGUAGGCAAGCAGCGGGGCUUCAUUACCUUCUACACGGUGUACCUGCGGACCCUGGACUCCACGGGCCAAACAUUGAGCGUGAAGGUGCCGGCCUCCGAGCCCCGGCCGGUGGAGCUGACCUGUCCUGCAGGAGCUCUGGCUUUGCAGCUGACAGCCUCCACCUCAGCAGGAGAAGGCCGACGGGGGGACCAGGUCUUCUCUGAGCCCGAGAGCCCUGCAGUCGGCCUGGUGAUCGUGAUGGUUUUCAUCCUCACCUUCUUUAUAGCGAUCAUAGCCAACAUGAUGUUUUGCAGCUGUAUGAGGGAGAGGGUCAAAGAGAAGGUUGCAUCGUGGGGGCCGACCUGGCUUCGAGACAACUUGCCCAAAGUAGGAAACAGUAAUGCCAUCCGACUGCUGCAGGGGAGCGGAAGUGAACCCUCCUUCUCGCCCUACCUCAGCGACCCCCCCCUGUCCCCCAUCAGCCUGGUGUCCCAGGAGGACAGAGACGACGGCUACCCCACCGUUCACGUCCAUGAACCCACGCCUUUCCUCGCCUUGGAGCUGCUGGAACACGUGGGAUACAAACCUCAGAUCGCUGCAUCCGUUCCACCCACAAAGCAGACGCAGGACCAACCGGGGGACGUUCUGUCCAACGAGGACGAAGACGAAUGUGCACUCGGAGGGUUGCUGGGAGACUUUCUGUCCCAUCUGGAGGUGGAUUCCCCCGUGGGGCUGAACUUCAGCUCUGUUGCAGAACUUCUUUGGACUAAGACUCCAGAAGCAACAGCUUUGUUAAAUGGAGGCUUCCUGCAGGUGAGGAAUGAGGAGGAAGUGGACUCGAAGCAGGAUGAAACAGAGACGCCUGACCCAGAGGACUCCUGUUGGUCUCAGGAGACAGUGGGGACUGGGCUUACUGGGGGCUAUUUCCCCCAGCAGCUGUGAGCUAAAUGAUGCUGAGAUACCAGGAUGAUGGGAACCAGCAGGACUACAAACUGGUCCUAGAGAGCAUUCCAGGUAUCCUUGAAACGUGUACUUCAGUAAUUCAAUGCAAAAAGUGAAACUCAUAUAUUAUUAAGAUUCAUUACACACAGGUUGAUAUAUUGUGUGUUUUUUUUCUACAUUUUCAUGAUUGUGGCUAACAGCGAAUGAAAACCCCAGAUUCAGUAUCUCAGAAAAUAAUAAUAUUACAUAUUUUUUUAUAUUUGACUUUUUCCUUCUCCUCAAACCUGUGAGAGCCAGCUUCUUGAGCAAUGACCUCCUGUGGCUCACCGUCCUUGUGGAGGAGGUCAAUCCGAAUGAAAGACCUUCAUUAGCUCAUUAGACAUUCUGAGUCUACAAUAUUCAACUUGUUCACAAUAUUCUCAUUUUCUGAGAUAUUAAUAUGGGGUUUUCAAUGAGCUGUAAGCCAUCAAUUAAAAUUAAAAAAAUUAAAAAGCGCUUUCAAAAUAUACCAUGCCGUGUGUUAUAAAUCUAUACAAUAUUUUGCAUUGAAUUACUGAAAUGAAUCUACUUUUCGAUGGUAUUCUAAUUUUUGAGAUGCACCUGUAUGUUUAAGCUUCACUUCUCUAGAACCUCACCUUGAGACUCAGGAUGUAAUGUUGGACCCCCUGGAGGGAAGAGAACCCAAACCAGUGCAGAGGGGCAGAAAACGACCCCACGAUAUCGUCCACAAGGAAUAAAUACAUCGUAAAAUAAAAGUACAGAACUUUUGUCAUAACUUAAUAAUAACGUAGAAAUAACUAAUACAUUCAGUAGUGUUUGUUUUGGGCGGAAUGCCAUUUGAACGAGUGUUUAGAAAGUGGUCAUGGGCGAUGGAUGGAUGGAUGAU